AAAAGCUGGAGGUACAAAUACAGGGAAGUAAGAGGGAUAGCCUCAGCAUUUGCGACAUCAAUUGCUGACUUGCUGAAGGAGGACAGGAAAGAGGGAACUUGCAAAGUUUAAGAUUGGAUUUUAAAAAUGGCACAUCUCACGAGCCUUCUCUGCAUCUUGUGCCUGGUUGGGUCCGUCAUCAACCAGGACAUGCCUUACGAGGAAUACAUGGCCCAGAUCCAAGCCUGCCCUAAAGAGUGUCACUGCCCCCCAAACUUUCCGCGCGCUGUCUAUUGUGACAAUAGGAGCCUGAAGACCCUCCCCACAAUCCCUAGAAACACAUGGUAUCUCUACUUGCAGAACAAUCUAAUAGAAGUGCUGUCAGCUGAUGCCCUGCGUAAUGCCACACAACUGCGCUGGCUGAACCUAAACCACAACAAAAUCACAAGUGAAGGAGUGGAAGAAGGUGUCCUGAAUGCAAUGUCUCACCUGGUGCACCUGUACAUGGAUGACAACCUCUUGUCUUCAGUGCCAUCACCCCUGCCAGCCAGUCUGGAGCAUCUACGUCUCUCUCGCAACCGCAUCUCCAAGAUCCCUGCUGGUGCCUUCAUUGGUCUGGAUAAGCUGAGCCUCCUGGACCUCCAGGGGAAUAAGUUAAUGGAUGAUGCUGUGACUGAGGUGAGCCUGAAGGGUCUAAACAACUUGGUACAGAUCAACCUAGCCAAGAACCAGCUGACAAGCAUGCCUCUCGGCCUACCACCCACCACCACUCAGCUUUUUCUUGAUGGCAACAACAUUGAGAAGAUCCCAGUCGGCUACUUUAAAGGAUUGCCCAAAGUGGCAUUUCUGAGGCUCAACCACAACAAACUUGGCAGCAGUGGAGUUCCCAAACAUGUGUUUAAUAUCUCCAGCAUCUUAGAUUUGCAACUGUCCCACAACCAGCUGACUGAGGUGCCCGUCAUUUCCUCAGGCCUUGAACACCUUCUCCUCGACCACAACAAGAUCAAAAGUGUAAGCGGAUCUAAUAUCUGCCCUGUCUCUAUUGACACUGUUGAUGACUCUAUCAAUGAAAGUGUUCCUCGAUUGCGCUACCUCCGACUGGAUGGCAAUGAGAUUAAGCCACCAAUUUCGAGGGAUGUCAUCCUCUGCUUCCGUCUCCUGAGGUCCAUUGUCAUUUAAGAAAAGGAAACUCAUCUUCAUGUCAUUGACUAAUUCUUAUUUCCCACAAUCAAUGACGUGGCAAUUUGGGUGCUGGUCUAAAAAAAAAUUUACUUGUGAAACCUUGAAUCAAAAUUGGUGACAUGAGUCCAACUAUUUUACACUAGUUGGCAUCAACCCAUAUUCAUUGUUGUGUAUCCAGAAAACAUGACGAUUUCAAUUCAGAUAAGUAACAACAACGUCUUGAAGGAACUGAUGAGUUAGACGCUGACCUGAGGUUCUGGUGCCUUAUGUUGUAAACAUCCGCAUUUAGAAUUAUGAACCAACAUUUCUUACAACACAGCAUGACAGUGAUUUAGGGGGAAAUAUGUACUUAUGUAUGUGAAUAUCUUAAUGAUAGUGAUUUACUGUCAUUAUCAUUUUAUUUAGGCAGAACUUGAAUUAAUGCAUAAGGAAAUAUACCUUUGUUUUUUUUUAUCUGUUGUUUCAGGAAAUCUUUUGCUUUGUAUCUGUAGACUUGACACCAAACACAUAUUCUUGUGUUCUUUAACUCUAGAAAAUGAUUCUGUUCUACAAUUAUGCAUAUAUAAUGUAGGUAAUUUAUUUUUAUUUAAUAUUAAGAAGAAAAAUUGUCCUUGCAAACAUUUUAGAGUCCUGUCUAUAUCCACGGCCAAUAUUCCUUAAUGUUUUGUAUGCAAAAGAAUGCCAACACUAUUUUUUAAUUCUGAUCAUUAUUGAAGAACCAGAAUUAC